AUUUACUCAGUUUUAGCUUCGCUCUCCGAUAGAAAAGAUCGCACCGAGAAUCCGUAUUCACGAUGUUUCAUCCAAGACAACAUUGCAAUCGUCCUCUAUUUCUAAACUUCUUUCUGCUGAUGAUAAUUGCGUCACCGGGCGCGCGCUCGACCUUCACCGACACGGCGAUAGAUCGCGUUACCGUGUGCUCGGGCAACAAUCGCACGCUCGUCGUGGAUCUCAACACGACGCGGCUGACCGACGCGGAGAACGCGAUCGACACCACCGAUUGCCAGUGCGUCUGCAAGAGCGUCGAUCAGAAAAAUAACGGCAGCAGUACGGCGAUACGAGAGGACUACGUUCACACGCCCGGCAUCGGCACGUACAAGCUUCACACGAACGGAAAGCAGUGGAACGACGCUCGCAAGAUAUGCACCCUCGAGGGUGCCCAUUUGGCCAUAAUCAAUUCGCAAGCCGAGGAGAGCUUGCUUAUGGAAAUGCUGUGGAACGCGGCGUCCACCAUCAAGAACGUCGUGAACGUCGAGGAGGCCUUCAUCGGCAUUCACGACCUCUUCCAGCAGGGCGAGUGGGUCACGGUAUUCGGCGAGUCGCUCUACGCGACCGGCUACUCCGCCUGGUCCGCGACCUACUGGAACGGACAGCCGGACAAUUUCGGCGGCAGUCAGCACUGCGGCGCCGUUCUGCGCCAAGGCGGCAUGGACGACGUGCACUGCCUGCACAAGUUCGCCUUCUUCUGCGAGCUUCCACCGAAGCCGAGCAGAGUCUGCUAGAGUCUCGUCGUUAAUUUUAAAGUUUUUUGCUCGUAUAUCACGCAAUAAAUACGUCGAUUAUAA